AUGCCUCCUAAAAGACGCUCAACCGGAGCGGCCUCCGGUGCCAGUAAGAAGCCCAAGACUGCGGCUCCCGAGGCUGAGGCCUCUUCACCUGCACCCGCAGCUGCCCCUGCUGAUGACGACCGCGGUAAAAAUCGCUGGUCAACCAAGAAUACUCGCUGGUCGGCGGUCUCAGCGUCGCGUAACGUCGAUGAGGACUACAAAAAGGCUUGCGAGGAGGUUGCCUAUGCCUUUGAGUACGUAGUCCGGUGUCCCUUUGGCACUAGGCAUGGUGAUGACGAGGAAGACGAAGAGGAGGACGAGGACGAAGAGGAGGAUGAAGAAGAAGAGGAGAUGGAAGAGCCUCAAGCCAAGGGCAAGGGCAAGGCCAAGUCCAAAGUAGCCGACAAGAAGGCCACCGCACAAGGCAAAGACAAAGACGAGCAGCAGCACCUCGCCUACGUCGAGCUCGAGAAGAAGAAGUCCAAACAGGAAUGCGACGGCGGCAAGACGUGCGUCUGCAACAAGCCGGCGGCCGAGCACCCGGACGCGCCCUACGUGAUCACACACGCCGGCUUCCGCAAGCUCAUGAGCCAGCAGAUCCAUUGCCAGGUCCGCGACCCGGACAGCUUCAGCAUGUACACGUACAACGACCACAUGGCCUACGGCGUGCUGCAGGUGCUGCAGAACCUCGUCCUCGACUACGAGGAGGCGAAAGGGAACUGGCGGGAGCAGUGGGUUAUCUGCGAGGCGCUGUGCCCGUUUGUUUGGUACCUGAAUGGUGGUGACUUUGCCAUGGCCGACGACGGCGAGUUCGUCGACGAAACAGCAAAACUCAUCGGCAACCUCUUCCUCACAACCCUCGCCCGCCUCGAGCGCGAGGGCGUCCUGGCCGCGGACUCGGAAGUGAAAGACCUGGGCUGCGUCAUGGCCGGCAUGCUCAAAGUCGCCUCCGCCUUACGCGGCUUCGACCUCUUGCAAGACGAGACCGUCCACAAAAAGUCCAAGAAGCGUCCUUUCCGCUUUACGGCGGAGAAAUUCGACAGCUACGUUGCAGCGUACGCCAAGAAGCACGGCAUCACGCUCAAGGGCGUUCCGGGGCUGAAGGCUCUCAUUGAGGGUCUCGAUAACGAGGAGGAGAAGCUGCCUACGGCCGAGGAACACGGCGAGGACCCCUGGGGGUGGGCGGAUGCGCUGGCGUCGUAUAAGAAGGGGAGAAAGAUUGGGGGGGAUGAUUUGGAUAUCACGUCGUGGACGCCUGCGCAGCGGAAGCAGCAUGCUUUUAACAAGAAGGAUCCGCUUGGGAAGAAGGAGAUUGACGCUAUCAAGAAUGGUAUGGUUAUGAUGCUGGGUUAA